CUUGUAGUUGAAACUGUUCUUCAAAGACUGCAGCAGUGCGCAUAUUAAAAAUCGACGAAGUUUUAAGAAAUGGCUCGCGCCGUUAAUCACAAACUUUGGGCCUCGGUAAGGCUGCGUCUAUAUACAUUCGUUGGAUUGCUUUGACAUUAAGCCGAAUAUACGCGGGACGAGUUAAGUUUAACCUGCCAUGCUUCUUGUAAUCAGGAGAACAGUUUUACAUUUUGUUUCUUGUUUUUCUUUCAGAAUGUUGUUAAAGCUACGAAUGUCUUCUACAAGGAGCACAAUGUGACCAGAGAUAAGAGGGGUCAGGUUGUAGGUACGAGGGGAGGAUUUCGAGGAUGUACAGUUUGGUUUACAGGUAAGUAAAUUCUAAUAUGAUCAUACCUGUAACGUAGAUAACUCACAAAGACAAAGUCUAUGAGAGAGAAAACGGAGAAGCCAAAGGUUAGCCAAAGUUGACUACUUUUUUAGUUUGAUAUUUGAGCGAUCACACUGAAUUCUCAUCUCCUGUGCUCUUGGUGUAGAGGUUGUUUACAGUUGUGGUAAUUUCCUGGACACAUACUCGUUUAAUGUUUAAGACGAACAGCACUCAUCAGUUCUAUUAAUGUUUGACCCUUUAAAGUCCGAGUUUCCCUAUUCUAUUACAAUUUAUCGUUCCCGCGAUGAAGUUUAUGUAAUUUUUCUUUUCGUAGUGAAGUUCAAACAAGACGUUGUUAUAAGGGAGCAAAAUCGUACCCUGUAAUUUUUUAGUUUGAAUUUGUCAGGCAUGAAACCUCUGUCUUGUAUGUUAAUGAUGAUUUCAAGAAAAAAGAUAGUAAAAGAAGUUCAUAUAUCUUUACAGGUCUAUCUGGCGCCGGUAAAACUACUUUAAGUAUGGCUCUGGAAGAUUAUCUUUGUCGUCAAGGAAUCCCUUCUUACACUCUUGACGGGGACAACAUGCGAACAGGACUGAAUCGUAACUUGGGAUUCACACCAGAAGAUCGUGAAGAAAAUAUUCGUCGUGUGAGCGAAGUGGCCAAGCUGUUUGCCGACUCAGGAAUGAUCUGUCUCACCGCCUUCAUCAGCCCUUAUGAGCGGGUACAGUGCAUAAUUUCAUCAUUAUCUAUAAUUUUCCUUCUUAAUAGAUGUUGCUCUUUUUGGCUUUUUUGAUUUGUUUAAACUUAAGUUGCUCAUUCGCCUAUACUUUUGAGCUGUGGCUUGACUUUUAUCGUAGAGCCGUAUAACUUUUCCUAAAAGUGCGUUUCUUGUGAAUCAGAAGUGUCAAAAACAUCUCGAUCGCUUUUCAUAAAAGCUAAUGAAUUUGCUGAGCAAACCCUUGACGUCUGUUGGUUUACAUUAACAAGACAACGAUAACUGCUUCAUUUUAUUGCACCAUAACCAAACUUUGAAUAAGGAAAAAGCGAUUCACAGGUCUCAUGGACAAUUUGCACUCGCAAUCCAGCUUUCACAUUUCCUAAGAAAGGCUCACUAUCUCCAUUUUGCGGCCCCUUUCACAUAUUUUUUUAUUCCACGAAGAAAACCUCACGUUAUACAAACAAACGUCUUCUGUCAGUGCCUUUGCAAAUAGUUCGAUAUUGUAUUGAUUCUUUUUCUCAAUCGGUUCGUAGCAAGCAAAUUAACACUUUAAACUCGGUUGAAGCCUACAGGGUCUACGGCCCAGUGAUUUUACAUCGAUGAAUUCGUGAUGCUCGCGACUUUUCUCAACAGUAACAAGUUAAAUAUGAUUUAAUUGCUUUCUAGUACAGUCUUGUUUUUGCGAUUUUGCUCAGUGAGUGAACAUUGAAUAAUGUUAAAAAAGCGACGCUUGGUUUUAAAAAUUCGUCAGUCCGCUUAAAUUAGUUUUGUAGUUUAAUUUCCUCCACCUUACUUACGAAAAACACAUUUCUAAAUUGAAAGAACAAGGAAUUACGUGUAUCUUAUUCUUGGUAAUUAGAGGUUCAAAGCGGGAAAAAAUUUAUUCAAAUUUUGGCCAUGCUGACCUACGUGGCAUUGCUACGUGUUAGAGUCCUAUGAGGAUGUAUGAGCCUUAUAUUUGAAGUCUGGAACUAGUUUGGAGUCGAGGCGCUCGCGGCGAAGGUAGGCACGAUGCUCGAUUGCAAGUUCGGUCCCGAAGAUGUUUCUGGUAAGUCCCGAGAACGUUUUGAGCACGGAGUGACAUUUUGAAAAUUCCAUUUCUGUAUUACUAUCGCGAUAUUUUAGCCCAUAAAACCAUCCUGAUGUAAUUAGCCAACAUUGAAUUUUAUCACGUGGCUCUCAAAACGAUCAGCAUUCCAAGCUAUAAAUAAAUACAAGAAAAAAUGGUACCGAAACCUCCCCCGUUCCCUGUUCAGUGGCGAGCUAAAGCAACAACGACAGCGAUGGCUACGAAAACGUCUCAUAAGUGCACUUAAAAAGUGAAUUUACGUUGCCUCAAAAUUUAUCGCGCUUAUUCCAUCUCGUUUAAUUCGUCAAAUGCAUGUUGGCAAAUUUUUUUGGAGUUGAAUUCUAAAGGACUGUAUCAAAUUCAGACAAGAAAAGGAAAGUUGUUGUCUUGUGUUCCCGUCCUGCGCGUACGGACUGUCCGGGUAGUGGAAAGUAGUCCGCAUGGACUCUUGGGUAGGGGAAAGUAGAGAUUUUUGGCGGGAAAUCGCAUGGCGCAACGCGUUAACGUCGCGCAAUUAUAUCGCGAAACUGGUUUUGAAAAAAAAAAAGCAAGUAGAAAGAGUCAGAGCGAGAAGAAGGAGAGAAAAUUAUAGUGAAAAACGCCGGCAAGCAGAACGAGACAGAGCUAGAAUGAACAGACAAAGGCAACGCGAAAGAGAAAUACAAAGGCAAAGAGAACGGCAGCAAAAUAAUGACAUGAUGACAGAAAGUGACAAGACAGAGGCUUUUCACUUUUCUCACCAUAGUCACGCGUUGAUCACGCUCUACGACCGUCCAAUUUUUAUGAUCAAAAUUUGACAGGUGAGUUCAUGCAGAAACUGAUUUAUACAGCAUCUUCAACCUUGUUUAAACUGAAGCUGACAGAGUAUUUUGUCAACUUGUAAUGUUUUUUACUGUCUUUUUCCACUGGAUGCUUAAAAUGAAAUACAGCUGGUAUCAACAGUCUUCUUUGAUUCAUGGUUGGUUUGUUUAUUGAAUUUUUGUCGGGAAAUGCGCCGGUUGCCAAAGUUGGAAAUCCGAUUUCGGAUGCAUCGUUUCGCUGGAUGCGGGUUGAAAAGUCCCUCAAGCGAUUCUGGCCUUUACUUUUAUAGCUUUCAGCUGCAUCGAAUGGCAAAGAAAUGUUUUUUUUUUUAUAUCUAAUUCCAUGAAGGCGAGCGCAGCUAUGAGGCUAAUUUAUGCGGAUCUAGCGAACUUUAAAAAGCCUUUAGUCGAUAUUUUCUCUCCGCAUAUAGAACGAAAAACGUUCCGAAGAGUUUUAGUUAUAAUUUUGGCUGUAGAAAGAAAGCUUUGAGCGAUUUUCUUGUAAACACCAGGAAGCCGGCUAAAAGCUUUAAGGAUUUUUAGAGACGCUUUAAUACUUGUCUCCGUGAAUGAAAAUUGUUGUCUCUGUAAAUGUUUCACCGAAUUACAUUUCUUUUAUUGAUUGUUAGUAGUCUCGUACAAUUUUAAUCGCUUUGCGUUUGUUUUCAGUCGUUCGUAUCAAACGCUUUUAAGAUUUUAUAAAACAUUUAAAAAAAAAAAUCGUCGGUUUUUUAAUGUUCACUGAAAAUUUGGCGAAAUCGUCGCAUAUGAAUCGUUUUGCGUGGCAACGUUACUGAAAUGUUGGUUUACAAGAGUUGUUGGCAAGGUUAAGAAACUUGCUCAGCGCACGACGAGAUAAUAAGCACAGAAAACACUCUGAACGGGCAGCACACGUUUUGGCAAAUUUCUUCGCCGUCAUUGCGCGACUUAUGUUGUCAAACUUGAUUAAAAUGGCAACGAUACGAUCGUCGCUUUAUCAAUGGCGAUCGUCGCCACUUCGACUUCAUCGGGAAAAGAUAUCUUCUUUGUUUUACGCUGAAUAGCAAACUCUUUAAACCAGAAAGCAUUUUGGGGAAAUAGAAAAGUUUGAAGCGCGUGAAUUAAAGGAAGGUUUGUAUCCAUUUUACCGUCUAAAGAGACAAUAAAGUGGAAAGCCCAAAGACAUUUCUUAGCAAUUUUUACAAUCGAAAAAUGUUUUAUUGCUUAUUGAUCUCCGCCAAAAGAUCAUGUCUCCGCUUAUCUACGUGUUAUCACUAGUCUUGCCGUAGGCUGUGCGAAUUUCCGAAUAUUUUAGUCUUGUUGCUUAUGACCAUGUAACAACGAACUGCAGGCUUUCAACCGAAAACUGCUUGAAAGGAAUAGAUCUUUGGCUAGACUACUCCUGUCCAAGGAGGUCGACAAGAUGUUACGCGUGAGCGACUUUGAUGAGCGCGAAAGGCAGAUCAUUCAUCUUUCAGUUUUUCUAUAUUUACCCUCAAACGCUUUCUGCUCUGAAGCAUUUGUUAUUUUACUGAAAGACAAUGGAACUAUACAAACUUCUAACUUGCAUUUUCAUUUUCGAGAGAUGUAAAUCAAGUUUCACACCAGUUUUUCCUACUCUGAGUUGCUACUUUUCUUUGUUUCUUGGUAUGCAAAAUGUUGUCAUGGGCUUACCGUUCGUUUUUCUUAGAGACUGUGGUUUAUAUGGUGGCCUCGUCAGUAGGUUAUGACCAUAGCUUUUCAAAGUGCGACAUUUCAAUGUAAAGAUCUUUGUUAGCAAAGCAAAGAUACUUCCUCUCACUCCUUCAGUGGCGAACAGCUCUCUAAAACGCCCACGCACGCACGCAGAGCCCGCCCCAACGGUAUUUGUCUUGGACGGAUAGUCACUGUAUUCAACAGCUCAAAGAACCACCCUUGUUAACCUUUCGUUUGAUAGGCAUACUGUUACAGGUCUUCAGCUUUAGCUUCCGAUUAGGGUCUGCGUGGGAUUAUAUAAUUACUCGAAUUUCAAUUAUUUGGCGGUAGAUAUUCGGCGAUAUCUCAGCUACCGGUUAACAUGAAGAUUGAGCAAAUGUCUG